AAUUUAUAUAAUAUUGCGCCACCACGAUGAACAGUAGCUGCUUCAUCGGUGUAUUUGCAGUGCUGAUAAACAAAGUGUGUCUGCAGGUCACAGUUGAGGCUGUUAUUGGUGGUUCUGUUGUCCUGCCGUGUUCUUCAACUCAACAUGAUCUUAAACUUCAAGACAUUGAUUUGAGCUGGAUACACAAUGGUAGCAAAAUUGUAGUUGAUAUAAUUCCACACAGUAAUUCACCAAUGACACAGGACCCAAAGUACAAAAACAGAACUGAAAUUUUCCCUGAAGAGUAUCUGAGAGGAAAUUUCUCCAUCAAACUCAACAAUCUUCAACACACUGAUGCAGGACAAUACAUCUGUGCCAUUACACACUCAUCUGAAUAUCAGACUGUAGAGCUGAUCAUCAACGAAUCAGUAUCCACUGAACAAGGAAACAAAGGAGAAACAGACCAUGAGGGAAUGGGGCCAUCGCUGCCUUUGCUCUUGGAUGAAGAAGAGUGA